UUCUGGGCUUUAGCCAGCCUGACUUUCCUGCUGCAACUGUUGGUGUCUACACCUCCUUUGUGAUUUCCCCUUUCUUCCACUUCUUAUACAUGUCCGUCUUAAAACUCAGCUCAUCUGGAAUCCCCUUAUGCAGCCUCACCGGUUUCUUUACAUGCCUCCCAUUUUUCUUUCUUGUUGGAAUUGUCUGCAUUUGACUUGGGUCACUUUAUCUGCUUUCCCAGAGUUUAAAUGGGCCUUUUUCGUUGUUUGUUAUCUUGAUGCAGUUAUAAAUUUAAUUCAGGCUCAUAAUGAAGCAAUCUUCUGUUUCCAUAUACUGAAAUGACCUGACAUGUAUGGUCAGAUAAAGGCCCUGUUGUUCAUUUUGCCCUUGGAAAUGAGAGCAGCUCGUCAGGAGUGCCUCUGCCUGAAUCCGUGCUGAGCAAAGUUGGCCUGCGAGUGUGGGAUCAGCAGACUUUCUUGGCAGACCUUUCUGUCUCUUCACUGGCAACCUCCACAAGUUCAGUUUACCGGACAACUUCCUGGAGAAGAAGCAGCUGAUCCAGUUUUUUUUACUUCUGGAAAGAAAUCUACCCAAUUUUAAGUCUGUCCUGUGUAUUAUUGCCAGUUCCUUCAAUUCUGUGUCAUUAGGCCUGAUCCAGUGUGCGUUCCUUGUUUGACAACUGUGCAAAGGUGCUCUGUUUUCUAAAGAUGGGAAGGCGGAAACUGGAUCUUUCCAAACUGACAGAUGAAGAGGCUGAGCAUGUUUGGGAAGUUGUUCAGAGGGACUUCGAUCUGCGAAAAAAAGAGGAAGAGCGUUUAGAGAAACUGAAAGGCAAGAUUGAGAAAGAAAGCACAAAGCGUGAGCUGCUGUCCAGUCAAUCCCACCUCAAUGAAACUCAUUGCAUUCACUGCCUGCAGCCCUUCAAGUUCCUGGUGAACAGCAAACGAAAAUGCUUAGACUGCCACUUACACACCUGUAAAAAUUGCAGCCGCUACAAUAAAAAGGAGGAAGGUUGGGUGUGUGAUCCUUGCCAUUUAUCCAGGAUUGUGAAGACUGGAUCUGUGGAAUGGUAUUAUGAACAUGUGAAAUCUCGUUUUAAGCGGUUUGGAAGUGCUAAGGUGAUGCGGUUGCUCUACGGAAGGAUGACACAUGGACAGAAAAUGAAUCCUGCCUUGCUUGGUCUUCAUGACAGAGUUUAUAGCUUGCCAGACAUCAACAGUGACUGCCGCUUCCACAGCGGGAAUGAGGACAGUGAGGAGGGAGAGGCAGAAGAUGCUAUCGAUGGCGGAGAAGCAGAGUGCUUUGCAAGGAUGCGCAAGACCAAGCGCCUGCUGUCUGUCCAUCCCUUUGAUUUUGAAAUGGACUCAGAAUAUUCUGCUCAAUCUCGCCGGCAGUCUGUGCAACUCUCUCCUGGGAAUGAAGGUCUUCAGAGCUUUGCAGGAUUUCCCGGUGCCAAGGAAGACCCCUCCCAGAGGGAAUCCAUGAUUGCCGAAGCCGACCUGGCAGCCACGUUCCACCACCUCCUGCAGGAGCAGGGGCAGCACCUGCCGGCCCCUGAACAGGAGUUCAGCACCGAAGUUCGGCUGACCGUGAACUCGCAGUCUAAAAACCUCGAGAGAAUUCCCAAGGCUGGCCGUCCCUGGAAUGAGCAGCAUCCAUCGCAGUACUCAGCUGAUCUGGACACUUCCGAGGAAGACAUGGAGGGAGCGCAGAAGACCCUCGUCUAUCAGCCCCACCACACAAAACGCAGGAGCCGAGCCUCAUCCCAGGAAAACAUAAAUCCAUCUGGAAAUCAGAUUCUUGAACUGAACAAACGCAUGUCAGCUGUCGAGCGCAUGCUGAACCGUCUUGAGGAAAAGAUCCUGGUUCAUCCAGAUGAGCCUCCAGCUCCUGAGUCUCCUACUGAUCCUAGCAUAGAAGAGAAGGAACUGAAGAGGAAACUAGAAGAGCUGGCAAGUAACAUCAGAGACAAAGCUGUUUCUUCUGACGAAGAAGAGGAGGAGGAGAAGGAGGGCAGAAUGAAGCAGGAAGGGUGCAUACCAGAAAUAAGCUCGUCUAGCGAUGACCUGCCUACUGAUGGCAAGAAGGUGUUUGUUUCUGCGGGGAAAGCAUCUGGGCUAGAGAAGAGGCCAAGAGACCGAGGCCAUGGUGUCUGCCACAGCACAACCACCGACUCGGAGCUCUCUGAACUUGAAGACAAAGUGGCCUUUGCAGUGGCACAAGUGCAGCAAACAGAGAGUGAGGUAUCCGAUAUAGAAUCUCGAAUAGCUGCUCUCAGUGCUGCUGGCCUGACUGUUAAACCAGUGGAAAAGUCUAAGAAGAAAUCAAGCACUCAGGUGUUUAUCCUUCAGCCUCCCAGGAACUCUUAUAGUUCUCUAGAAGAUCAGAGUGCAGACACUCCUGUCGCAGCAUCAGCCCCCGGUGACUUCAAAGUAAUGUCUAUGCCACAUGUGUUGAGGAGAAAAUUCAACACUUCACUUGAAACUGCAAACAAUGCUGAAUCCUUUGCUCGGAACUCGGAUUACAGAGGAUCUUUGACACAGCGAAAUCCAAAUGGAAGAAACAGGAAAGCAGAUCACAUCUUUGCGAAGCCUGUGAUGACCCAUCGCUCUUGAACAGAAGGAAGUCUUCUAAGACCUCAACUCAAGAUUUCAUCCCCUCAUUCUAUUUUCUUUCUUUUCUUCUCUCCAUCUGUUCACCUGCAGUGCUAGAUCUACAAUCUGCUCCCUCCCUUUGCCUGAGUCAGGAAACAAGGAAGAAGCAGGAAAAGAAUUAUCUAGGCAACAUCCCUUUGAAAUUUGGUUCCUACAUUCAUUGCAACAGCACGCAGAGCCCAGCUUAGUAAAAGGAAUUUCUGUUCUAGGAUUAACUUAAUUACCCACCCACAUCUAUUGAAUAGGACUUGUAGCUGAAAUGUGUUUUUUUUUCAUGCACUGCUAAAGUAUGCAUCCAUAUUCUGAUCAUUUGGGCUGGUGAAUUACAGUCAGGUCAUGUCAUGCUCAGGAUUUCACAGUGCCCUGCAAUAAUCAGGAGGGUUUUUCCAAUGGUCUGGAAUAUGGAACCAGAAGGCAGAAUGCUAGGCUUGCACCCUUAGCUGCCUUUCAGUACCAGAUGCUAGAGAACCCCCAGAACAGCACACAGAGGAGGAGGGGGGAACAUUCUGUCUGGCAAGCCAAAGCGCUUGCUCUGAUGCAACAAUUGAUGGCCUUAGUGCAACGUGGGAUUCUUCCCCAAGUGUUCUGUGGUUCCUUGAAGACUAAGAAAUCUACUAUGGCAUCAUAAAUGAACUAGUGCCCAUUUUGGAGCCCCAUGGCAAUGCAGGGCACAAGGAGAGCCUUGCUAGACCAGACCAUUUCCCACAGUGGCCAGCCAGAUGUUCAUGGGAAUUCCACCAAAGAGGGCAGGAGCAGCACAGACCUCUGAUCCUCUUCCUCCCCAGUGAGUUACACCACAAUACAUAGGUUUUUGUCAGCCUUCAAGGUUCACAGAACGCUUUGUUGGUUUUGGCAUGCCAACGUCUUGCGGCUCUGUCUCCUUCUGGAAUAUGUUAGGGCUUUGGUGCUUAGCCAGGAGUGCAGGCCAUGGUUGCACAGGCAUUAAUCAGAGAGGCUUUCUGCUCACAUUUCUCCAUGCAAGGCAUCUGCUUCUUCAGAGUUGCAGAAAUGGCAGGAAGUAAAAUGGCAGAAACAGUGGAGGAACCAUGGCUGAGUGGAAGGUCAGGACUUUUCAAGGUCCGCUCCCUGGCACCUCAUAGACAAUACAGGGCAGAGCAGAGGCAGAGAUGCCUGUAUGAUCCUGCUAUUCCUUCCAUGUUAUAGUAGCAUGUGUCUUUGCAGAGCUUUAGGUGGAUGAAGAGCAGGCUUAUGAGUAACAGAGCUUAAAUGAGAUAUGAAAAGAAUUCCCUAUUCCAUAUGCUCUAGCAGAGGAAUGCAAAAUUCUUUCUCCUAUUUCUGAUAAGCACAUUAAGUAGAGGCUCAAGGAAGCACAUCUGAAUUGCUGUUGAAGGUCAAACAUUACGAUAGGCAGAUAGAUACGCUCACAGUUGCAGACCUGACUUCUUCCCUCUGCAAGUUGUCAUGAUAAAUAAGUGAUAGGAUAGUUAGCUUUCAACCCUGAUUUCAGCUUACUUCUAAGUUGUAUAGAAUUGUACUGUCUUCUUCAAGUAUCCUUUAAAUCCUCCUCGGGAUAAAUCAAAUGUUAUGACAAACUUGCAAAUUUAUCCCCAAAGAAAUUGGCACCGUGAGCCAAUUGGCACAAUUACAUUUUGCCCUCACGUAGUCCAUUUGGAGUUUCUGUUAAAGUGCAUCACAUUCCACAUUUGAUUCAUUUCCAUUUUAAUUUCUUUUCUUUUACUGAAAUCCAAACUUUUUUUUU